AUGUUUCACCAACGAGCAUCGAUCGUCCGGACCGCUGUCGAAGUCGCUGAGGCGUGGGACGAGGAUCUCGUGGCUGCUUUGACGGAUAUCGGUGGUUGGAAACGGAAGUUCGAUUUUGGACAAUGGCAUACUCCAAACGAUGCGAGCUCACGCAUAAGCGGGAAAGGAGAAAAGAGAGUAGCUACAGUGACGCUGAAAUACUCCCCAGUGGACGAUCUGUUCAACACCAGUCUCAAAGUCUCAAACCUCACCCAAAAACGCCGAAUCCACCAACCCGAUACCAUAUCCCGACAAGCUGGAUACCCAGCCUAUACCUCCUACGCCAAGGCAAUUCAAGCCCAGCAGGCACCACGCACGCCGAAGGACCCCCUUCGAACCCCUCUUCCCAAGGCACAAACCCCAGAAUCUUUCCGCCGAUCCACCUCGUCACGACGACGCGGCGAAGCGCUGUACCGACUCGAGGUGUUCCGUCCUGGAUAUCUUCGAACCUCGUCUUCCCAAAUGCCAGGAGAUGUAAUAUCUACCAGCUCGCCGAAGAAUGACGCUCGCGAUCGUGUUGGCUCUGUCGGGAUUGGGGACUCCAUCUGUACGUGUGAACAGAAGAAGAAAGGAAAAGCGAAUCGAACCAGCUCACUCCCACUCGACGGACGACUUGUCCUACGGUACCAAGGACGAUGCGCACUGAGGUGA